GUUACAUGGCGCGGCGCUGAGGGACCGCCGGCGGCACAGCGCGACGAGGAGGAGGCGCCGCCAGCUCUGCCCCGGACUUAAAAUGGCAGCAGAAGAUUCCUAUAUUAUGGGAGUAAAUGAUCCCCAAAUGUUUGCAGUGGAUCAGUUCAUGGGAAUGAAUGCUUUAUUUAACAGUACCAAUUACAUCACUGCAGACUUACCACUACGAACAGCAGAUGGACCGUAUCUUCAAAUCAUAGAACAGCCAAAACAGAGGGGAUUUCGUUUCCGAUACGUGUGUGAAGGGCCUUCGCACGGUGGACUUCCUGGUGCUUCUAGUGAAAAGAACAAAAAAUCAUACCCUCAGGUCAAAAUCUGCAAUUAUGUUGGACCUGCAAAAGUAAUUGUCCAGUUAGUAACUAACGGGAAAUAUGUCCACUUGCACGCUCACAGCCUGGUGGGUAAAUUCUGUGAAGAUGGAGUGUGCACGGUUCUCGCAGGACCCAAGGACAUGGUUGUUGGGUUUGCAAAUCUUGGAAUACUUCAUGUCACGAAGAAGAAAGUGUUUGAAACUCUGGAAACACGCAUGAUAGAUGCUUGCAAGAAGGGAUACAACCCAGGACUCCUGGUGCAUCCAGAACUCAGCUAUCUUCAGGCAGAAGGCUGUGAAGACAGGCAGCUAACUGAACGGGAGAGGGAAAUCAUCCGCCAGGCAGCCAUCCAGCAGACCAAGGAGAUGGAUCUCAGCGUGGUGCGGCUCAUGUUCACGGCCUUCCUUCCCGACAGCAACGGCAGCUUCACGCGCAAGCUGGAUCCCGUCAUAUCCGAUGCAAUAUAUGACAGCAAAGCUCCCAAUGCCUCCAACCUAAAAAUUGUAAGAAUGGACAGAACAGCAGGGUGUGUGACAGGAGGGGAAGAGAUUUACCUGCUCUGUGACAAGGUUCAGAAAGAUGAUAUUCAGAUACGUUUCUAUGAAGAGGAUGAGAAUGGUGGUAUGUGGGAAGGCUUUGGAGAUUUCUCUCCUACAGAUGUACAUAGACAGUUUGCUAUUGUGUUCAAAACACCCAAAUACCGAGAUGUCAAUAUCACAAAGCCAGCAUCUGUAUUUGUACAACUGCGUAGGAAAUCUGAUCUAGAAACAAGCGAACCAAAGCCUUUUCUCUACUAUCCAGAAAUCAAAGAUAAAGAAGAAGUGCAAAGGAAACGGCAGAAGCUCAUGCCCAACUUCUCCGAUGGCUAUGGUGGGGGCAGUGGCACUGGAGGUGGUGGCAUGUAUGGAGGGGCAGGUGGUGGUGCUGGCUCUGGGUUCAGUUUUCCUUCAUAUGGAUACUCUGCUUUUGGAGGGAUGCAUUUCCCUGGCGCAACCAAGUCCAAUGCUGGCAUGAAACAUGAAGGUCUAUCAAAUUGCACAGCUGAACAAGACAGAAAGAGCUGUGAUAAACAAAAUGACCAAUGGGGCAUGAAAUGUGAUGUGAAGAUGGAAGCUGUGGAGAGCACUGAGAGCAGAACAUCUGCUGUUCAUAAGAAAAAGGAGGAUUCUGGUUUUUCCUGUAAGACUGAAGUGAGCGAAGCAGAUUGCAGGUGGCAGGAUGCCCUGUUCCUGGAGAAGGCCCUGCAGCUUGCCAGGCGCCACUGCAACGCUCUCUUCGAUUACGCCGUAACCGGAGACGUGAAGAUGCUGCUGGCGGCUCAGCGCCAUCUCACCGCUGUCCAGGAUGACAACGGGGACAAUGUCCUUCAUUUAGCAAUUAUCCACCUUCACACUGAGCUGGUGAAAAACCUCUUGGAAGUGAUGCCCCGUUUGAAUUACAAUAACAUCAUUAACAUGAGAAAUGACCUCUAUCAGACCCCCCUGCACCUGGCAGUAAUCACAAAGCAGGCAAAGGUGGUGGAAGACUUGCUGAAGGCUGGAGCAGAUGUCAGCCUUCUGGAUCGCCAUGGCAAUUCUGUCUUACAUUUAGCUGCUACUGAAGGAGAUGACAAGAUUUUGAGUCUACUCCUCAGGCACGAGAAGGUAUCUCCCAUGGUCAACCUCCCCAAUGCUGAAGGUCUCAGUGCAAUUCACAUGGUGGUGAUGGCAAAUAGCAUGUCCUGCCUCAAACAGCUGAUUGCUGCUGGAGUUAACGUCAAUGCUCAGGAACAAAAAUCUGGACGAACUGCAUUGCAUUUGGCUGUUGAACAAGAGAACAUCCCCUUGGCAGGCUGCCUUUUGCUUGAGGGUGAUGCAGAUGUGGACAGCACUACAUAUGAUGGGACAACUCCACUUCACAUCGCAGCUGGAAGGGGCUCCACAAAAUUGGCAGCAGUUCUCAAAGCAGCAGGUGCCAAUCCUCACAUUGAGAACUUUGAGCCAUUGUUUGAUCUAGACUCUGUGAAAGAUGAUGAUGAUGAUGAUGAUGAAGGGAUUGUGCCUGGAACAACACCACUGGAUAUGGCAGCCACGUCUGAGGUGUAUGACAUAUUAAAUGGCAAACCCUAUGAGUCAGCAGAGGUUUUGGAGGACUUACUCACACAAGGACAUUUGAGAGAGCUGAAUGAGAAUUCCAAGAUGCAGCUUUACAAACUAUUGGAAUUGCCUGAUCCAACCAAAAACUGGUCCAUCCUAGCACAAAAACUGGGUCUUGGCAUACUUAAUAAUGCCUUCAGGUUGAGCCCUUCCCCAUCGAAGACCCUGCUGGAUAACUAUGAGGUGUCUGGUGGUACAGUUCAAGAGCUGAUCGCUGCUUUGAGACAGAUGGAUCACACAGAAGCCAUAGAAAUAAUUCAGGAAGCACUGUCCAUCUCACACAGACCGCCUCCCCUGGAGGACAGCACAGCAAAAUCUCUUCCAUUAUCAUCACCACUCACCUUUGCAAAUGGAGAGACAGGUGAGCUCUACAACAGCAGAUUCCAAGACCCUGAAAGUGUGUGUGACAGUGGUGUGGAGACCUCCUUCCGCAAGCUGAGCUUCACCUACUCAGACUCUCUGAGCAGCAAGUCCUCACUAACACUUGGCAAAAUGGCCCUGGGCUGUGGACAUCAAAGCUCAGGGCAAAGCAAUUACAUAGCUGACUAGUAAUCUUCAGUUGGCAAGAUGCAGUUCCAGGAAGAAAUGGGACAUUUCAAAUUACAUCAGUGUCAUCCUGGCCAGAGGGAAGGGAGCUCACAACCAAAAGUACACUGGAAGAAUCUCACCUGAACAAAUGGCAACUGCAGCAUGUGACUCCUAGCCACUGCUUCCCUCCUCAAGUACAUUUAAUUGUGUUCAUUUACAAGCCAUUUACAACAACCAGGGCUCCACUGCUGCAAUAAUACACAGGUCUGGAUGCUGUCAAAGACUUACUGAACUUCCCUGGUCUGUGAGGAUUUUCUUUUACAGAUGAAAAAGAAGUUGUUAAUGCAUAAUACAAACUUACUAAAGAGGUUAAGCCAGGAGCAAUCAGAGGAUACAGGUUCUAGCUGCUCUCUUCAUAAUUUUUGCAGCACAGUUGCAUGCAAACAGCUUAUAAAAUAGCUGGCAAAGAAAAAUCAUUACUUUAAUCACAACAGAGACAACUUAGCGAAAAAAGAGAAUCCUAAAAGAAUCUUGUAUAUUUCAAAUAAUGUAUUUAAACUUAACUUUGGUGCCUCCUAUUCAAAAAUUUUUCAAGUUUGGCAUUUUCCUACUUGUAAAUAGUUUUUUUUAUAUCUGUUCCUUUUUGAAAAAGCGUGCUUUUUAAAUGCUUAUUUUUAUUUUACUUUUAUAAUAAAACCCCAAAAUUAAUGCUCCUGUCUGUGCCUGCUGUGAUUCUUACAUUACUUUUCAAGUAGAGGUAUUGAAGAUUUAGCAUCUCUAUUUUAGGCAUCGAUACAAGAUCAUGCUGAUUUCCAAGCACUAAAAUGAAAGGUUGCAAGCCACCUGUCUUAAGCCUGACGUAUCUUUUAUGGAGGGAGAGCAGGACCAUCAGCUACUGCUGAGCAUCUGUACUUUGAGAUUAAGGCCUCUUCUUUUAGUUCUUAUUAUGGCAGCAGAGAAUCAUUUACACUGAAACCAACUAUUUAGUGUUUCAGCAAAUUUCUGAUGAGACAGCUCUCCUUUGGGCUAUCUAGAAUCUCCUGUAGUAACUGUGCUCAUGAGCAGUGUUUCUUCUUGUCUGACAUCAAUUCUGAGAUGGUGAGUGUCCUGUUAUUGAUGUUGGCACAACUAAACAGAACAGGCAUCAGAGUUCAUGAUAAAAAAAAACAGGAGGGGCACUGUACCACUGUCACUUACCUCUAGCCAACUUUUUUGGCACAAAGAAGGAGCGUUGACAGGGUGGUUCUUGGCUCAGCUCAGUCUUCAGUAAC